AUGGCCGAGCUACCUAGGAACGUCGGCUGGGUCGGCUUGGGCCUUAUGGGCUUCCCGAUGGCCAAGAACCUCUUGAAGAAGAUGGACGCGGAGACGCAGUUUUACGUGUACGAUGUCAUGCAAGAGAAUGUUGAGAAUCUUGUGCGGGAGGGAGAAGGGAGAAUACACGCUUGUGAGAGCAGUAAGGAAGUUGCAGAUAAGUCCGUAUGCACGGAUCCUUGCCCCCAAACGUCUCAACACCAUCGGCCAAGCUUCUGAACAACGAUUAUGUGCGGCGUCACCUGCUGACGCACUGGCAGGAUAUCAUUCUUUCCAUGGUCCCCGAGGGCUCGCACGUGAAAGCUGUCUACCUGGAUGAAUCCGAUGCCGUUCUCCAAUCUCCUCUGGGCAAUAAGAUUCUCAUCGAUUGCUCCACCAUCGACACCGCCUCCUCUCUUGCUGUCCGCGACGCCGUCGCUUCUCAACAUCCCCAGGCUCGCUUCUACGACGCUCCAGUCUCCGGCGGCGUCAUUGGAGCCGAGAAAGGAACCUUGACAUUCAUGCUUGGCUGCGCAGAAAACAAUCCAGACAAAGAACUUCUCACGAAACUCCUGCACCUGAUGGGCGGUAACGUCUUCGCCUGCGGAGGCGCUAGUCUGGGCCUGGUCGCGAAGCUCUGCAAUAACUACUGCUCCGGUCUCAUUGCCAUUGCCGUCUCGGAGGCCAUGAAUAUCGGUAUCAAAAGCGGCAUGGAUCCCCGCGUCCUGGCCAAUGUCUGGCAUACGAGUACGGCUCAGAGCGCCAUCUGCGAUGACUGGUGUCCUGUUCCGGGGCUUUGUCCCGAGGCCCCUGCGAGCAAGGGAUACCAGGGUGGGUUUCGGGUGCAGCUGAUGAAGAAGGAUUUUGGACUUGCGGUUGAUGCGGGUCAGAUGGUUGGAGCCAGGCUGGCUUUGGGAAAGGAAGGGUUGGGAGUUUAUGAGGGGGCUUGUGAGGAUGAGAAAUGUAGGGAUCUGGAUUCGAGGGUUGUUUAUCGAUACCUUGGGGGUGAGGAGGAGUGGAAGAACAAGGGGGAAUUUGACGAGCGGGUGGAUAUGAAGAGGGAUGAAACUAGGCGGUUGAUUCAGUUGGGCAGAGAGGUUGAGGCCCAGAGGAAGAGGGAGGAAGAGGGAAAGUCGCUGUGA